CCAGCCUCCGAGGGGGGGAAAUUUGCGGGGGGUUUUCCGGUGAGAGGCCGCGGAAAAGAAUGGAUCUUCCCCCGCAGAUCGACGAUUGCAUCAGGGACGCGAUCGAUCACACCCUGGGCCUCCCCGUGUCGGCGCGCACGCUCGAGUCGAGGCUCCGCGCUUCCGAGGAGGCGCAGAGAUGGCUCCGCGAGGAGUGCUCGCUCUUGCGCUCCAGAUUGGACGAGAAAGAUGGCCUCGUCGAGCGGGCUCGGGCAGAGUCGUGCAUGAAUGCACAGGCACUAAAGAAGUUUGUGGAGGAGAACCAGAGAUUGGCGGCGGAAUGUGCCGAUUUGCUGGCGCAGUGCAAGAAGUUGGAGACUGAGUGCUCGCUUUACGACCAUGAUCGGGAGGCCCUGAUGGAUUUCGGGAACGAGGUGGAAGAGCGGGCCAAGGAGGCAGAGGCUCGGGUGCGAGAGCUGGAAGAGGAGGUGCGGCAAUUGUCAGAUGAGUUGCAGUAUGUUAAACACAAAUAUGAUACUCGUGAGGAUGAAGAGACUUCGGAGAGCACCACUUCGGAGGAGAAGCUAGUCGAAUCAAUCAUCUCAACAUUGGUUAGUAAAGAUGCAGUAGCAUCAGCAUAUUCAUUUUUGGAGGCAAAUAGUGCGCAUGAAUCAUGUCGAGAAUUGUUAAAAAUGUGGAACUGCCUAAGGCCAGCAACUAAGAUGGUUCUUUCAUUGGCUGCCGACAUAAAGACACUUGAGAAAGAUAAGGAAAAUCUCAGAAUUAACCUUCAUAAAGCUGAGGAGGAGGUAAAUCUGCUGUUUCAAGAGAACAACGUUUUGGAUGAAGAAAACAAGAGGUUACUGAGGCACUACCAGAAAGAAAGGGACAUUUUUGGUUCUGGUGGGAGAAUCACAGCUAGUGCUCCUGCAAAGUCUAACAAGAGAAAAUCUAGCCCUAAGAUGAAUAGCCCAGUUGAGAAGAGGAUUGAUCUCAGUGAUGUGGAUUCACCAAGACGGCCUCUGUCACCAUUGAAACAGAACUCUCCUGAUUCUAGGAUGUACAAGAAGUAGUAGAGGCUCAUCCACAUGUAUCAACUGACCCGAUUUUCUUUUUUUGUACCCAAGCUAUUCUUUGUACCUGAAUAGUCUUUUCAGAAUCAAAGAUUAGAUUGAAGUUACUGGCAAGAUAUGGGUGGUUAUAGUUCUUGAAGCAACUUCAGUUUUCUUUUCCUUUCAACAAAAGAAAUCUGGUUUCCUGUGAUGUGAUGCUCCUAUACUAUCUUGAUUGAUAGUGAAUUGUUACGUUGUAACUCCUAUUAUUGUGCUUUUCGAACAGAAUUGACGAGGCGAAGAAAGGCCUAAUGAUGCCACUGUAUAAAUCGUUCUGGA